AGCUAAUUUUUGCCGCCAUCUUGCGUCGAAAAAAUACCAUAGGUCACUAAAAUGUUGGCUUUUUCUAUUGGUCAAAGUACCGGUGCCUUUGAAAAGCAGCCACCUGAUUGGUCUGUUUAUCUGCGAGGCGAUUCGCCGUCUAUCUUGCAGAUGGCGGAGCCGGACAGCGAUUGCUGCUGCUAGCUAAUCGUUUUAUUUCUAAAUGAAUUGUAUUUAAGUGUAUCGUUUUGAGAGAAUUUUAGUUAAACUCCUAUUUUAAUCUCUUGAGUUUUCACAUGAAAUUGUAAGUCUUAUUUAAUGCGUGCGUUUUGUACAGUAUUUAUUUGGCAGCAAGUAGCCCGGUUAGCAUCUUUGUUGGAAGUUUAGGCCUACUGUGCCACCGCUUGUCGAUUUUAACAAUAGCCGCGAUACACUCCCCUACUCUGCUUGUUUUGAUACAUUCAAAGGAUUAUCUUUAAGCAAACGGAGAAAGAAAAUGGACGAUAAACAGGUUUGGGUACCUUUCAGUAACUGAGACAUUUGUUAUGCUGACGGACAUUUAAUCUCACUGGAAUUGAAGACAUUUUGCGAGGUGAAUCACAAAACAUUAAGAUCACAAAGGAAGAUGUCCAACGGCGCAGCAGGAAGCGGGGGUCUUUCGUGGAUGGAGGCUGCGAAUGGCAGAGGUGAUACUGGCAAGAUGGAAGGGGCCAAGAAAGACAAGGCUGGCUCCAAGUUGUCUGUGGAGAGAGUGUACCAGAAGAAGACCCAGCUCGAGCACAUUCUUCUCCGUCCAGACACGUACAUCGGCACCGUGGAGCCCAUCACCCAGCAAAUGUGGGUUUUUGAUGAAGAAAUAGGAAUGAACCAGAGGGAAAUCACCUACGUUCCUGGGCUGUACAAAAUCUUUGAUGAAAUUCUGGUCAAUGCAGCAGACAACAAACAAAGGGACAAAAACAUGAAUGCCAUUAAGAUCACCAUUGAUCCGGAGUCCAACACCAUUUCUAUCUGGAACAAUGGUAAAGGAAUCCCUGUGGUGGAGCACAAGGACGAGAAGAUGUACGUCCCUGCUCUCAUCUUCGGCCACCUGCUCACCUCCAGCAACUACGACGACGAUGAGAAAAAGGUCACAGGUGGAAGGAAUGGCUACGGUGCUAAACUUUGUAACAUCUUUAGUACCAAGUUCACAGUAGAAACUGCCUGCAAGGAAUACAGACACAGUUUCAAACAGACGUGGCAGAACAACAUGAACAAGACCUCUGACCCCAAGAUCAAGUUCUUUGAUGGGGACGAUUUCACCUGCGUGACGUUCCAGCCAGACCUGUCCAAGUUCAAGAUGGACAAACUGGACAAGGAUAUCGUAGCACUCCUUACCCGCAGAGCAUAUGAUGUAGCCGGUUCCUGCAGGGGGGUUAAAGUCACACUGAACGGGAAAAAAGUACCAGUUACUGGCUUCCGCAGCUAUGUGGAUUUGUAUGUGAAGGACAAACUGGACGAGACGGGCGUUGCUCUGAAGGUGGUGAAUGAGACUGUGAAUGAUCGCUGGGAGGUUUGCCUCACCCUGAGCGAGAAGGGAUUCCAACAAAUCGGCUUUGUCAACAGCAUCGCCACGACCAAGGGCGGCAGACACGUUGACUAUGUGGUGGACCAGAUAGUGUCCAAACUUAUUGAAGUGGUGAAGAAGAAGAACAAGGCGGGAGUGACGGUCAAACCCUUCCAGGUGAAGAACCAUAUCUGGGUGUUUGUGAACGCGCUGAUCGAGAACCCCACCUUUGACUCCCAGACCAAGGAGAACAUGACUCUCCAGACCAAGAGCUUUGGGUCCAAGUGCCUUCUGUCAGAGAAGUUCAUCAGGGCUGCAACCAACUGUGGGAUCGUUGAGAGCAUACUCAACUGGGUGAAGUUCAAAGCUCAGACCCAGCUUAAUAAGAAGUGCUCAUCUGUGAAGUACAGCAAGAUCAAAGGCAUUCCCAAGCUAGACGAUGCCAACGAUGCCGGUGGCAAACACUCCUCUGAAUGCACACUUAUCCUCACUGAGGGAGACUCAGCCAAGUCUCUGGCUGUCUCUGGACUAGGAGUCAUCGGGCGUGAUCGCUACGGAGUGUUCCCGCUCAGAGGAAAGAUCCUAAAUGUGCGAGAGGCAACACAUAAGCAGAUCAUGGAAAAUGCUGAGAUUAACAAUAUCAUCAAAAUCGUCGGCCUCCAAUACAAGAAGAGCUACGAAGACCCCGAGUCACUGAGGUCCCUGCGCUACGGCAAGAUCAUGAUCAUGACCGAUCAGGAUCAAGAUGGCUCCCAUAUCAAAGGUCUGCUCAUCAACUUCUUCCACCACAACUGGCCAUCCCUGCUGAAACACACAUUCCUGGAGGAGUUUAUCACACCCAUUGUCAAAGUAAACAAGAACAAGCAGGAGAUGGCCUUCUACAGCAUUCCAGAGUUUGACGAGUGGAAGAAACAGACAGAGAACUAUAAAACCUGGCACAUAAAGUACUACAAAGGUUUGGGUACAAGUACAAGCAAAGAGGCAAAGGAAUACUUUUCAGACAUGGAGAAGCAUCGCAUCACAUUCAGAUACAGCGGUGCAGAGGACGACGCUGCCAUUACCCUGGUGAGUUCAAUGCUACAGUUACUUAUUGUUCUCCAGUAGAGCAGAAUUGGAAUA